GCGGCGGCAGUGAAAGCGACGCGUCCCAGCCGGACCAAGUCUCCUGCGGCCUGGAGCUGGCCUGGAAUGGGUAAUGGUGUGAAGGAAAGUGCGGUGCGUGUGCGUGAGGAUGCCGAGGCGGUCCUGUCCUCACCUGUCCGUUCCAAGAGCGACCACAAGCAAGUUCUCAGCUCCCUCCUGUCUGGGGCCCUAGCUGGUGCUCUCGCCAAAACGGCGGUAGCUCCCCUGGACCGAACCAAAAUCAUCUUCCAAGUGUCUUCAAAAAGAUUUUCUGCCAAGGAGGCGUUCCGGCUCCUCUACUUCACCUACCUCAACGAGGGCUUCCUCAGCCUGUGGCGCGGGAACUCGGCCACCAUGGUGCGCGUGGUGCCCUACGCCGCCAUCCAGUUCAGCGCGCACGAGGAGUACAAGCGCAUCCUGGGCCACUACUAUGGCUUCCGCGGAGAAGCCCUGCCCCCUUGGCCCCGCCUCCUGGCGGGCGCACUAGCCGGAACGACAGCUGCUUCACUGACCUACCCCCUGGACUUGGUCAGAGCGAGGAUGGCCGUGACCCCAAAGGAAAUGUACAGCAACAUCUUUCAUGUCUUCAUCCGCAUCUCCCGAGAAGAGGGCCUGAAGACCCUCUACCACGGGUUCACGCCCACUGUUCUGGGGGUCAUUCCCUACGCCGGGCUGAGCUUCUUCACCUAUGAGACGCUCAAGAGCCUGCACAGAGAGUACAGCGGCCGCCCGCAGCCCUACCCCUUUGAGCGCAUGGUAUUUGGGGCCUGUGCUGGCCUCAUUGGGCAGUCAGCCUCGUACCCCCUGGACGUGGUGCGGCGGCGCAUGCAGACAGCCGGGGUCACGGGUCACCCACACGCAUCCAUCGCGCAAACGCUGCGUGCCAUCGUGCGGGAGGAAGGCGCCGUGCGCGGCCUCUACAAGGGUCUGAGCAUGAACUGGCUCAAGGGCCCCAUCGCCGUGGGCAUCAGCUUCACCACCUUCGACCUCAUGCAGAUCCUGCUGCGGCACCUGCAGAGCUAGGGAGCCGGCGGGCCAGCUGCUCUCCAGACGGGAGGGGAGGGCCGAGCUUCCACGUGCGGCGGACCAUUGACCCCUUUCGUUUCUGAGCCUGGGGAGUGAGGGUGCACGUGGUCCCGCCCUGGGAACCGCGUCAUUGGAGCACCUUGUAGAAUAAGCUGGGGGACCUGGCCUUGGUCUCAGAAGCCGGCGGCCCUUGAAGUGCAAUGUUGAGGCUGAUGGGCAGGGGCUGCCACACCCUCCCCAUCCCUCCUCCCUGGGGCUGGCACUGUCUCCUGGAGGUGUUGCCCUAAAUGCCCUGAGCUGGGAGUGACCAGCACCACCUCCUGGCGCCCUGUGACCUUGGACCUGCUCCUGGUUCUAGUGACCCCAUGCCCACUGGGCUCAGAGCCAGACUUGGCCUGCCCCCGUGCCCACAGAGGGGAGGGAGCCCCCGAGUGUUCGGAGAAGCCUGUCCAGGCCCUGCUGAGGUGGGGCCAGCCUUCUGCUCAGCUGGGGCUACAAAUACAGCCUCCUGUCCCGCCUGCCCCUCCUGUCCUGCCUUUGCCAUUACUUCCCAGGUGACAUGACUCCCCUGUCACCAGAGCCUCCUGCUUCGGAACAGCCUUCUCCCAAGAGCAUUAUUUGGAUCCUGGACUCUGUGGCCAAAGUAGGGCACCAGGAGUGGGUCUUCCCCUCUGUUGCCCACCGGUCUGGUUUGUAAUGUUCCCAGGAGGGUCACAUCUCCUCCAGGCUUGAGGACUUCCCAUGGGUUUGGGUCUAAGUCCUAGCCAGAAGGCAUCUGCUGAAAACUGGGUGCCCAAUUCACCUCCUCUGGGCCAGAAGCUCCCACCCCUGUCCCACAGGCCACACCAAUAGAGGCCUGGCCUCAGGCCCUAGCCCUCUGCCCCAGGCGCGCCGGCUCCUGCGGGGACGUGUGGCAUACAGCACAUCCCUGGCUCCCCCACCUGAGCAGGUACUUGGCCAAGACACAUAGCAGUUUAAGGCCCACAGAGUUGUCUGAUUACUUGGAGGCAACUGGCAGCCUUGAUCUUCCCAAAGUGGGAGCUCCUGAGAUCAUGUGUAGUCCAGGGGUGGGAUUCUUGGUACCCCAGGGCACCCCCAGCGAGCUGGUCUCAUGGAGAAGUCCCCUGGGGUCUGCUGGGUGUCACAUUUCAGAAUGACAUUGGGAGUUUCUUAGCUGACCCUGGGUCUGGUCACCCCGACCCGUGCAAUCUGGUUCCAGGCGGACGGGGACCAGAGGGUCGGUUUUCACAGACAGCUCUGCAGCCGCGACGUGUGAAAGGGUCUAAGAGGGCGUGUUUGCCCCGUGCACAUUUCCAGUCGUGACUUUUCAUUUCUCCCCUUUGUUCUGUCCCAUUUCUGUCAUUGCCUUGGACCUGCGGGUAUGAAGACCUCUCUCUCUGUCCUUCCUUGCAUGUGUCUGCCGGCCAGCCCGAGUCUCGUCGCCAGGGUCCCAGGCUGUUCUGUUGAGUGGACUUCCCACCUCCUCUCCUCGCCCUGCUCAGCACCCAGGCUCGGCAGGGGAGGCAGGGACCCCUCACGGGGAGACAGAGUGGGGACCCGAGGGCCACAAGGCGAGAGGAGGCAGCAGGGGGUGGGGGUCCACCGCAGGCAGGUGAGACCAAAUGAAUGGCUCGGCGGCACCCUUCUCUGAGCCUCAGGCUGGGUGGCAGAGGGAGGGGCCCCACGUCCUGCUGGCAGAGCUGUGCCUCCCCGGGGGGCUCCCAGCCGAGGGGACCCUGGCACCACCCACAGCGGGGCUAGUGCCCUCCGGGGUCACGCCCCUCCCACUGGUGUCCAUCCUGAUCUGGAGUUACAUUUUGAUGCCAUGAAGACACUUUGUUUAUAUAUAAUGUUUAUAUAUUUUAAAAGAUUUGUGCC